AUGCAGAAAUAUUUCUUAGUACUCGCAUUCUUAAGUGCUGUUGCCUGCCGUGACAGGGGCGGUGACAAGCACAGAGUCGAAGAUCCAUUCUCCUUAAUCGAUAAACAUCUCACCCACACAUUAGCCUACCAUUAUAUGUGGCCUUGGAGUCAACUGAUCAGAGCAGCAGCUGGCAUGGAUGAUGCCUGGGAUGAACCCCAAAUUGUAUCAGACAGUGAAAAAUUCCGAGUGAACCUGAACGUCAAGAGAUUUAAGCCUGACGAACUAAGAAUCAAAGUAAAGAAUCGUUACAUCAUUGUAGAGGGAAAGCACAAAGACAAGAAUAAUGAACAGCCUUUCUUGACAAACCACUUCGUUCAAAGGUUCGUGAUGCCACCUGGUAGCAAGCAGGAGGAAGUGACUGCUGUGCUAAAACCGAAUGGAGUACUUUGUAUCACUGUUCCUAAACAUGAACUUCCACCACCAAUACCUGAAAGAGAAGUCCCAAUUGAAGUGUUAUUACCAACGCUACCAGAAAAAACGGAAGCUCCUGAAGUAAAACCGACAGUAGACGAAAAAAUUGAAACCAGUACAGAUAGCAAAGAAGUUCCAGCCCUUCCCGUACAGUCACCAUCAUCCACACCAUUAGAGCAGUUAGAAUUAGUAGAAGCGACAACACACGUUGGGAAAAUAAGGAAGAAAGAGUUGAAGACGACAACAAAAACAACAAAGGAUAACGAAGUGGCAAAAAAUCUUGACACGAAUGGCCUGGACUAUGUAUUAAUAGAACAAGAAGAGUGA